CUGUCACAGACACAGGCAGUCAUGUGGAUGGAAACAGGAGUGGGCAUCCGCUGUGCGCUGCACGAAGAAGAAACUUCGAGGAAAGAUGCACGAAGAGGAGGAUGGCAGCGACACAAACUCCUGCACAGCGUCCCGGAUUGUGGCCUCCAGGUCGGUGGACGUGGCUGAGGUCGAGGGCACGAAGGAUCAGGCCUCUAAGCUGUGCGGCUACUUGAACAAACUGUCCGGCAAGGGGCCUCUGAGAGGGUACAAACCGCGGUGGUUCGUGUAUGACCCGAGGAAAUGUUAUUUGUAUUACUUCAAGACUCCCCAAGAUGCCUUGCCACUGGGGCACAUCGAAAUAUGCGAUGCGUGCUUUAGCUACGAUGUGGAGGGAGAGGAGGGUCAGUUUGAGAUCCGUACUGCCGGGAAGGAGUUUCUCCUGAAGGCUCCCAGCAGGCAGGUGAUGCAUUACUGGCUCCAGCAGUUGCAACAGAAACGUUGGGAGUACAGCAAUACACGAGGCUCCGGACAGAGAGACAGCUGGAGCUCCCCGACCUUGGCCUACCCUCACGCCGGCCUUGUAGGCAAAGACAAUGAUGCCUUCGUCUUUGAAAAACUCAGUGACAGCAUGGAGAAAGUCCGCAGUGACUUUGCCAUGGAGACAGAGACAGAUGGUGGAGGAAUGGUGGGGAUCCAGUCAGCCAGAGGGCCUUCUGCUGUGUCCACAAACCCCCUCAACUUCUCCCUCAAAAACUUUGGUACAGAACUCAGGAACUCCAUGUCUUAUCUGCGGCCAGGCCGAGGAGGUGAGAACAGGCGCAGUGUGUUUUAUACCAGCAACAGCAGCGCAGAGGAGUGGGAGCUGGUAGAUGCCCCGCCCAAGGACUUCCCUGAACCGAAACAUCAUCCAGACACACAUAGACAUUCCUUUGGAUCAUCGUUUACUUUCGACUUUGUGCGCAAUUCAUCGCGGCCUAAGAGGCCUUUGCUUCGAGACAUGAUGGGCACUGGGAGGUUUGGGCGCAACGUUGAGACACGCAGCUCUGAGAGCUCCCCAGUGGAGUGCAACGGUAGCAAAUCUCUGGAAAUGCAGCUUCGCCUCCAGAGCCAGCAGGAAGAACUGAGCCGCAUGCAGCAGGAACAGACCAAACUCAGAGAGGAGCUGGCCAGUCAGAAGGAGCUGGUGAGACUUCUGCAGCAGACUUUAAGAACCUCUCAGUGUGAUAGGCAGCCAGUGCGCCGCCCAGCUCCGGCUCCAGAUUCAUCUGCAGCCUCAGACCAGAACCAGGCUCCAGUAGUGACCCAGGAAGAGGUCACCCAAUUGGAGACCCUGCUUCAGGACAAAGAUGAACAGAUCCAGUCCCUGUGCGGUCACAUGGAGCGGCUCGCAUUGGAGAAAGAAAGCCUGCAACAAGAGCUGAAGGGCCUGAAAAUAAAGGUGGGGGAGAUCAACGACCAGCUGGGCAUGUUGAUGGAGACCAUCCAGGCCAAAGAUGAAGUCAUCAUCAAGCUUUCGCAGCAGGCCCCUGAGCAAAGCGGCAACCCAAAUGACUCUGGUACACCACCUCCCAACAAAGAUCAGCAGGAAGUGGACAUCCUUAAGGACAGUCUUCAAGGCUACAAAUCUCAAAACAAGUUCCUGAACAAAGAGAUCCUGGAGCUGACAGUAUUACGCAGAAAUGCAGAGAGUAGAGAAAAGGCUUUGGAAGCAAAGUAUACGGCCCUGGAGGCUAAGUUGUGUCAGGUGGAGAGUAAGUAUCUGGUGUUGCUUCAAGAGGUGAAGAGCCCAGUUUGUUCCUCCUCAGAGCAGAGCCAUGCCAGUGAUGUAAUUUCUAGAUUAUUAGAGGAUGCACUGCAGGCAGAGAGCCCUGACCAGCAAGAACACCUCAUCUUCAAACCAAUCACUGUCAGUGAGUAUGACGUGUUUGGCUUCAAGACUGUUCCUGAGGAGGAGGAAGAAGAGGAGAAGCUUGUUGCGAAGGUGAGAGCCUUGGAGCUGAAGUCCCUGUCCAUGACAAAUCAGGAGGUGUCCGUCGGGGUGAAGUGGGAGAACUAUCUGGCCAGCACCAUGAACAGAGACCUGGUGCGCUCCCCUGAGCUCAAGGCCCUGAUUCGCUGCGGUGUUCCCCACGAGCAUCGCUCCCAGGUGUGGCGCUGGUGUGUCUCCAUCCAUGUCAAGAAGUUCCGGGACCACUUGCCGCCCGACUAUUAUGAGACCUUACUAAACGUGGCCCGGGAUAAGCCCAACCCGGCCUCGAAGCAGAUCGAGCUGGACUUGCUGCGUACUUUGCCCAACAACAAGCACUACGCCUCCCCCAGUGCAGACGGCAUCCAGAAACUCAGGAACGUCCUCAUGGCUUUCUCCUGGAGGAAUCCAGACAUCGGUUACUGCCAGGGACUUAACAGGCUGGCAGCGAUUGCCUUGCUCUAUCUGGAACAAGAGGAUGCAUUUUGGAGCCUCAUAGCCAUCGUGGAGGUCUUCAUGCCAAGAGACUAUUACACCAAGACUCUGCUUGGCUCUCAGGUUGACCAGCGCGUGUUCAAGGACCUGAUGAUCGAGAAGCUACCACGGCUCCAUGCCCACUUUGAGCAGCACAAGGUAGACUUCUCCCUCAUCACCUUCAACUGGUUCCUGGUGGUGUUUGUGGACAGCGUUGUGAGCGAGAUCCUCUUUAAGAUCUGGGAUGCCUUUCUGUAUGAGGGUCCAAAGAUCAUAUUUCGCUUCGCUCUCGCUCUCUUCAAGUACAAAGAGGAAGAGUUUUUGAAGUUGCAGGAUUCCACAGCCAUCUUCAAAUAUCUUCGAUGCUUCACGCGCACAAUCCUUGAUUCAAGGAAGCUGAUGAACAUCGCUUUUGUGGACAUGAACCCGUUCCCCCUGAGGCAAAUCCAGAACCGCCGCUCCUUCCACCUGGAGAAAGUCCGUCUUGAGCUGACCGAGCUGGAGGCGAUCAGACAGACUUUCCUCAGGGAGAGGGAGACGUCUCAGGAUGGACGGACCUUCGUCAGCGACGAUGAGGAGGACAAUUGAGCUUAAGCCUGUCGCAUUUUCAGGCCGCGUCACUUAAGUAUGAAGACAAAGAGGUCGACUCCGCAGACCAGUGAUGCAUCGCAGUUGUUAAAGGGAGUUCUUCUUAAAGAAUUGUUGGAGUUGGUCUCCGCAUCAGAGCUGGACCAAUCAACUUUCUACAAAUUCUGAGCUUAAUCGCAUCAAAGGACCAAAACAUUACCGGCCAAAUGGGCUUUCUAUCAGUAUUCCUGCCUUUUUAUUUUUUGUAAAUGCCUUAUUUGCUGUAUGCUUGUGUUUUAUGUGAUGGCCAAAACAGUACACUCGCCCUACGGCUCUUCAACUUCCAAUGCCGAGUUUAACACUUACAGUCCGAAUCAGUAUUUUUCAAAACAUGGCUGUGAUCUUUUGAUAAUUGGCAAUUUUAUGCCUGUUGAAGGAAUGAUUGUAUUUUUUUUUUAUACUUGUCUCCAUUAGGAUUCGGAGUUUUCACUUUCCUUGCCUCAAGCUGUGGCUCCUUUCAUCUACAUCUUACAAGAAAAAUAGUUUACUUUUUAAAAAUAUUUUCCACAUCGCCACUCAACAACACAUCUCUUGUGUUUGAUCCCUGUGUCUGUUGAUGCACUUGAAUCACUUAUGCUGAAAUUUGACUUUUGCUGAAACUUUUAGUUUGCUGAGAAUUUGAGCCCGCUGAUCGUUUUAGUAAUUCUAAAAUGUACAUAUCAUUCCAGUUUGUCUGCGGUUACAUAGAAUAGACACAAAGAUUUACCAUCAAAGGUAGGAUCAAAACAAAAAAAGCAAGUGGAACAUUUUGACUAACCUCAUAUUUUUUAUUUCAGCCAUCAAACGAACAACAUCGGUCAGUUCAGUUUACUUUAUCUGCCCAUAUUAGGCAGAUUUUCAGACCAUUAAUAAUGUAAUAUUAUUUUACACGGAUGUACCACUUAAUAAUACAUAUUUUCCAAGGGCAUGUUUAUAAAGCUCAAACUGUUUUGCACCUAUAUUUGUACUGGAUUUGGAUAGGAGAAAAUUCUGCCAUUGGCAUCAAAACACCAUAUCAGUGCAUCCGAUUAUCAGAUUAUUUCAUUUAAACUGUCGUAAACUGUGUUUUUUAACCUGCCGUAAAAAAAACCCCACCCUGCCCGAGAGUACUGCUCUUAAAUGUUAAUGUUUUAUUUCCUUUUAAUGUUCUUGUUUCCCAAAAAUGUGGGUUUUGUUAACUGUUUAAAGGAUUCACUUCCCGCUGACUACAACGUACUUUGCAACAUAUUCAGUAUAUGUUCAGUAUAAUGCUGGGACUGUUUAUCUGAGCCCUGUAUGAAAAUGCUGAUGUAUUUGCAUUCAUUGCCCUCAGGGUGGCAGUAUAACAUUUGUCUCCCCAGUGUUUACACUAGUUCACCGGUACCCUCCACACAGUACGGACUUAAAGUUUCAGUGGAAUGGACAAUAGAAAUGUGAUUUAUAAUCAAUGAGGGAAACAUUUUAGGAGAUUGUUGUGACACGUUAAGCAGCAUCUUUCUCUCACAUCCAGGUACUUUCAGAUGACAGUAGCAUCACCACCAUGUUCUUGCUUACACCAGUCAAACAAUUCCUACUAUUUAACAGACCAAUGUGUUAAAGUUAUGUUCCACAUAUCAACAUUUGUUCAGAAAGAAAACAUUUUUAGAUUUGGUUAAUCAACAUGUUAAAACUGUGCUGUUUGAAUGGGAAUCUACAAGAGGGAACAAGUACGUUUUUCUCACUCUUAUGUGCUGAUAUAUUGUUUACAGCUUGUUAUAACUUUUAAUUUCCUUUAUUUUUAUUUUACUUUAAGCUGUUUACAGAUAUUUAGUUGCUGUUACUUACAAAAUCAAUCACAUUUUCUCUAUUACAAUAUUGUCCGCCAAAGCAUUUUGCUGAACUUUUUCAUUGGAGCACCUGAGCGUCUGGACCAAUGCCAGAAUUGUAGUUGUUUUGAUGAUACAAAUGUAAAUGGAGAGAAAAAAAGGCCUUUUUAGAGACGUUGAAAUUGAAUUUAUUUUUUCUUUUGAGAGCAGGUCUCUCUAAAGAUCAGAAUUUUCAAGCUUGACUCUGUCAAACAUAAAAAGUUAAUGUUUUCUUAGGUCCACUCAAGUUAUCAGACAGCUCACACUGUUGAAGGUUUUCAAUUUUUACUCCUAUUUCAAUACACAACUACGGUUCCAAGGAAAGUCUGCAUGCAUUUUUCAUGUUUUCUUUUAGUUUCCUUUUCACAUUGAAUAAGCUACAUUUAAACAUAUCACCUUUUUCCUUUUUUUUCUGUUGCUUUUCCCUGCAGUGUAUUGCACAAGUGUAGUGACAAGACGACUUCAGAACAUUAUAAGGCACUUCACUUUUUUGUAUGUAAAUCUGUUUGAUAACUUGUUAAUCAAUAUCAUUGGACAACAGAAAUUGCAAAACAUAUAUGUUACAAAAUUAAGUGUAAGCCACUGUAUUUUUUUGUAAUAGUCUACCAGUUAAAAGACAAAUUCAAUAAACCAUGGCUGACUGAG